CCACCGGUCUCCCACCCCUUCAAAUAACCCGAUAAAUCCCCCGGAGUUGUUUCAUUACAGACAUUAAAAUAACAUCACGGCUCCUCCGUCAGUUAGCCAAGCUAAGCCAAUCCCAGCCAGGCAGCUAGCAGGCUAACAUUAGCAGUAGCAUCAUCUGGCUAGUUCUCAUCCUCCAUCCUCCGAGCCAUCACAGGCUUAUACAACCAUUUCAUACCGGGAGCCGGUUUAUUUAUUUUUUUAUCACUGCUAACAGCGACUAGUCGGAACGAAAUAGUCACUUCUAGACAUUUAUUUAUAUAUACAUUGCAUAUACCGGAGCACGCUGAAGCGGAUGUUGUUAUGUAACUAAGAUAAUGACACCACACACACGCCCUUGAAAACAAAAGCUGUUGUUUCAGUGUUUGUUUUGUUUGUGGAGCCGAAAGGGCCGCAGCUCUGAACCGGCUUCUGAAAUAAACAACGGCUGCUGCUCCUGUCAGCCAUUGUUUUUGUUGUCAUUGGAGGGCUCGCGUUUUGUUUCCCAGCCUCUCGGAUCUCUCCUUUGAUGGUGUCUCGCUGUGCGAGUGAAGGAACAUGGAACACAACGUCUUCAGUAGCUUUGUAGCUUGUUGCCGAGAUAGAUGGAUAGAUAGGCUGACUCACCGCUGGAGCGCCUGAACACAGAAGAAGAAGAAGAAGAAGAAGUUUGAGAGGGCGAGGAAGUGAGGAAAAGAAACAGAGUAAGAGAGGGAAGGAGGGAGGGACGGAAAGAGGGGAGUGAAAAACACAAAAAAGAGGUGAGGAGAAAGUCGGGUUGGGUCGGCGGGGCGAGAGGAGGGAAGAGAAAGUGAUUGUGGGAAAGGGAGAGAGAGAAGGAUAGAGAGACAUUGUGGGGGAACAACAGAACAGAUCUGAGGUCAGGUGAGAGGAGGCGCAGGUAGGUUGUAGGUCGGAGGUCAAGUGGCGGUCAGACGGAAGGCUGACUGAGCCGAACAACAAGCGUCCCUUCACCGUCACCACACUGGGCGGACUGGGAGAACUGGUGACGAGGAGAAGCCACCAUGAGCGACCAGAACGUCAUCAAGGAAGGCUGGGUCCAAAAAAGAGGCGAGUACAUCAAGAACUGGCGACCACGCUACUUUCUGCUGAAGACGGACGGCUCUUUCAUCGGCUACAAGGACAAACCGCAGGACUCUGACCUGGCCUACCCGCUCAACAACUUCUCCGUAGCAAAAUGUCAGCUGAUGAAGACGGAGCGGCCCAAGCCAAACACCUUCAUCAUCCGCUGUCUGCAGUGGACCACGGUCAUCGAGAGGACGUUUCACGUCGACACUCCUGAUGAGAGGGACGAGUGGGCCGAGGCCAUCCAGAUGGUAGCCGAGUCUCUGGCCAAACAGGAGGAGGAGGGCAUCCUGAGCAGCCCCACCUCCCAGAUUGAGAACGUCAACGAGGAGGAGAUGGACACCUCCAUCGGCCACUACAAACGAAAGACAAUGAAUGACUUUGACUAUCUGAAGCUUCUGGGCAAAGGCACUUUUGGGAAAGUCAUUCUGGUGAGGGAGAAGGCCAGUGGCACCUACUACGCCAUGAAGAUCCUCAAGAAGGAAGUCAUCAUAGCCAAGGAUGAAGUCGCUCACACGCUCACAGAAAGUAGGGUAUUAAAAAACACUCGGCAUCCAUUCCUAACUUCUCUGAAGUACUCGUUCCAGACGAAGGAUCGGCUGUGCUUUGUAAUGGAGUACGUCAACGGAGGAGAGCUGUUUUUCCAUUUGUCAAGAGAAAGAGUAUUUUCGGAGGACCGCACUCGUUUCUACGGCGCCGAGAUCGUCUCCGCUCUAGACUACCUACAUUCUGCCAAGAUCGUCUAUCGGGAUCUGAAGCUGGAGAACCUCAUGUUGGACAAAGACGGACACAUCAAGAUCACAGACUUUGGCCUCUGCAAAGAAGGCAUCACCGACACUGCCACCAUGAAGACCUUCUGUGGAACACCAGAGUACCUGGCUCCUGAGGUGCUGGAGGACAACGACUACGGGCGGGCGGUGGACUGGUGGGGUUUGGGCGUGGUGACGUACGAGAUGAUGUGCGGCCGCCUGCCGUUCUACAACCAGGACCACGAGAAGCUGUUCGAGCUCAUCCUCAUGGAGGAGAUCAAGUUCCCGCGAACCCUGUCGGCCGACGCCAAGUCGUUGCUGUCAGGGCUGCUCAUCAAGGACCCCAACAAACGGCUGGGCGGCGGACCGGAUGACGCUAAGGAGAUCAUGCGACACAGUUUCUUUAACGCAGUCGACUGGCAGGACGUCUACGACAAGAAGCUGGUCCCGCCUUUCCAGCCCCAGGUCAGCUCGGAAACGGACACGCGCUACUUCGACGAGGAGUUCACAGCACAGACCAUCACCAUCACUCCGCCGGAGAAAUAUGACGAGGACGGGAUGGACGCGGCGGACAACGAGCGAAGGCCUCAUUUCCCACAGUUCUCCUACUCAGCCAGCGGGCGGGAGUGAGCGCUCCGGGCCCAGCCAGCAAGUAUCGUCCCCAUUCGUGGCCAUUCUGAGGAAAACACGUAGCCAUUUUAGGAAAAACAAAACAAAAAAAAUACCAGUCUCCCCUCUUUUUCUCCUUCUCUGCCUCCUCACAGACGGGGAGAAGUCUUUUUAGGGACUUUAAAAGAGGUUUUUGCACAGUGGGAAUAGACUCCAGCCGGUCUCCCCACACUAAAAAAUAAGUCUCCUACAUUUUCAGCGCUAUUUACUGCAGAAGGCAAUGUUUUUGUUAUUUAUUUUUUCCGUCAGUAUUAAGUUGUCGACCCGGGUUGUGUUCAUUUUUUGUGUUUAUUUUUGUUUUUGUUUCUGCCCUAUUUUUUUUUUUUUUUUUUUUUUUUUUUUUUUUUUUUUUACUUUUUGCACUUGGUUUGGAAGGGCCGUUUUAGGGAACAAAAAACCAAAAAUGUUGCCUUACGUGUGCAGAUGUUUCGUAUCAUACCGACAGGGUGUUUUGGUUUUUUUCUGGGCGGGGGGGGCGGGCGGGGGGUUCGGGGUUGUGAGUCAUUCUUAGUUGAGAAUAAGUGCAUGGCUCGUGGUUCACUCAGAAAAAAAACUACAAAAAAAAAAACGAAAACAUUUUUCUUUCUCAUACAUUUGCCAUCGGCGCACAUUCCCCCAAUCCCAUGGCAAUGAGGUCACUGUCGACAGGAAGAAGGACGAAGGACGAGAAUGGACGAGUCUGUAUCAUUCCUCUCAUCGUUGCAGUCUCUCGUAUUUUUUUCAACCCAUGUUUUUUCAUUCCUUUUCUUUCUUGCUCUUCACGUCUAAGUUUUGUCCUUUUUUUUUAUUGUUUUAUUUUGAAACAGGAAAACACUAAACUGCCAGAAACUGCACAG